AUGAACAAUCAGCGUGAUGGAUUACGAAGAAUGUGUUUACAUACAUUACAAAAGAUGUGUGCCAACGACAAAGGAAAAUUCGGUAAUCUUACUGCCGUUGUUGACAAUGUCAAGCUGACAGAAUUAGAUAGAGAAAUAAAAAAAAGUUGUAAAAUUUCCAAGAGAAGUAAAAAAGUUGAAAAGCUGACAGAUCGAGAAAACAUGAAGCAUACUUUGAAAUUGAUUGUUUCUUGCGAAAAACAUAAAGGUUGGAUGAACGGAAUUAUGCUUAGAGAACUUCCCAGCUGCUUGAGAAAUAAAUUCCUUGAUAAAUUCGAAGGGGAAAUGACUUGA